UCGUCGUUAGCCGAAUCCCUUUUCCGAAACCCUAUAGCCUCUCGAUCGCCGCAGCCGCAGCCGGCUACGAUGAAGUACAACCCUCGUGUGUCGAGCUCCCGGAGGAAGUGCCGGAAGGCGCACUUCACGGCUCCAUCGAGCGUCCGGCGAGUGCUGAUGAGCGCGCCGCUGUCGGCCGACCUGCGGAACAAGUACAACGUGCGGUCGGUUCCGGUGCGCAAAGACGACGAGGUACAGGUGGUGCGCGGUACCUUCAAGGGCCGCGAGGGCAAGGUCGUGCAGGUCUACCGUCGGAAGUGGGUCAUCCACGUCGAGCGCAUCGCCCGCGAGAAGGUGAACGGCUCCACCGUCAACGUCGGCAUCAACCCCUCCAAGGUCGUCAUCACGAAGCUUAAGCUCGACAAGGACCGCAAGGCCCUUCUGGAUCGCAAGGCCCGCGGCCGUGCAGCGGACAAGGCCAAGGGUAAGUUCUCAGCGGACGAGGUUGCCGCCGCCGCCGCUGGUGCGCCCUCUCUCCAGGAAAUCGAUUGAUUUCAUCUAUCCGAUUUCUUCUGUCUUCGUUAUGCGGUUGCGCUUGUUUUCUUGAUCUUUAGGACUGGAGUUUUAGAUCUCGAAGUAAAGCAUUGAAGUCUGUCUUAUUUCUCUUAUAUGUUGGAUGAAAACACUGUUUUUGUUAGUACAUUUGAAACUACAUUUAUGAAUUCAAUGCAUAUGUUUUGUUUCGCUUC